AUGCCUCCCAAGAUUGAGCAGAAGGAAAUCGAGACAUACUGGAAUAUCUUUUCCGACAGAACAGGCGGCGGACAGUUCCUUACGGGAGAACAGGCUGCGCCCGUGCUCAAGAACAGUGGCCUCCGCGAUGACCAGCUAGAAAGGGUGUGGGAUUUGGCGGACGUGGACAACGAUGGAAACCUGGACUUUGAGGAGUUUUGCGUGGCUAUGCGACUCAUUUUUGAUAUUCUAAACGGAGAAUAUGCCGACGUACCAAAGACUCUGCCCGACUGGAUGAUCCCGGAAUCGAAGGCCCAUCUGGUGCAAGCAACCAAAGCCAUCACAGGGAAGCAGCCGCAAUUUGAGCAAGUCGAAGACGAGGACGAUACCCCCGGCCUGAAAGAUGGGUUUGAGUGGUAUAUGAAGCCCGCAGACAAGGCCAAAUACGAGCAGAUCUACCAAGAGAAUCGGGAUAUGCGAGGAGAAGUAGCAUUCGCAUCCCUUGAGGAUCUUUACGAUUCCCUAGACGUCCCCGAUACAGACAUUCGAUCUGCUUGGAACCUCAUCAACCCCUCUGCUUCCUCAAGCAUCAACAAGGACGCAUGUCUUGCAUUCCUGCAUAUUCUCAACAAUCGACACGACGGAUACCGCAUUCCUCGCACAGUACCUGCCUCACUGCGAUCAAGCUUUGAGCGCAACCAGAUCGAUUACCAGGUUGACAACCAAAGGACAGGAGUCUCAUCCCGAUGGGCUACGAGGGCGGAUGAUUCUACAACGACGGGUAAGAAGGCCAAGUUUGGCGACCAGUACUUGACAAGACUCGGACGCAGCGGCUUCAAGACAGCGGGCACCGACUUUUCGACGGAGAAGACGGAAGACUGGGAGGAAGUCAGACUCAGGCGCCAGCUGCAGGAUUUGGAUGAUAAGAUGCGAAAGGUGGAAGAGAUUGCAGAGAGGCGCAAGGGCGGGAAGCGCGAUACUAAGCCGGCCCUGGUCAAGAAGGAGUUGGAUCAGCUCUUGGACUACAAGCGACGGGAGCUGAGAGACUUGGAAGAGGGCAAGGGCAAGAGCGCCGUGGGCGGAAACCUGAAGAGCAUCUCGGAUGAUUUGGAGACGGUGCGUGAGCAGGUGGAUGGCCUAGAAGCUCACUUGCGGUCUCGCGAGCAGAUCCUGGAGCAGCUGCAGAGGGAGAUUGAAGAUGAGAAGAGGGGCUAA